GUUUCUUGCCGGUUGAUAUUGUGUGCCGAACAAUAAUAAUGCAUUUUUGAAGCAUUGUGGCACACCGUUCAGUACAUGAGAGUUCAGUUCAUAGCUGCACAUUAAUUAAUAACUAGGCUAAUUACAAGUCAUUGAAUUUAAGUGCUUGAUAAGUGAAAGUAAAUAUAGUUGUUUUACCUUUGCCAAUAUGUUUACAAAGGCAUUUCGUGUCAAAUCCAACACAGUAAUCAAAGGAUCAGACAGGAGAAAGCUUAAAGUCGAUGUAUCAACUGCCUUUCCCUUGUUGUCGGAGUCAGAGUUGUCGGAAGUUGUCCCAAACAAAGAAGAAAUUAAUGUAGUUAAGGUUUAUGCUCACAAGGGAGAUGCAAUUACUCUCUAUGUUCUUCAUAAAAAUCCAUUGUUCUUUGAACUUGAAAAACGACUCUAUCCCACAGUGUAUAUGCUUUGGCAAUACCCAAAUGUUUUGCCAUCAUUUGCAACAUGGGCACCUGUGAUUCAAAAGAUAGCUGGAGGUGCAGAUCUGAUGCUACCUGGAGUGGUAGUACCUUCAUGUGGCCUACCUGAAGUACGACAGGGCGAGUGCUGUGUUGUUAAAGUGGUAGGCAAUGAGGCACCGAUGGCUGUGGGCAUUGCUGCCAUGUCCACUGCAGAGAUGAGCAGUGCAGGCAUGAAAGGAAGAGGCGUGUCUGUCCUUCACACAUUCAUGGAUAACUUGUGGGCUUAUGGAGAUAAAUCGUGCCCUGCUUUGAUCUCGGAUGCUGAAACGACUGGAGGUGAAGUCUUGAACAGAGACGAGAAUAAUGAGGAAGGAGAGGGUGGUGAGGAGCAAGAGACAAAUGUGGGAGAGUUAUCUGAUUGUCCUAAUGGGCAAGGUGUUGACCAGGAGACAGAGAAGGCCUGCGCUGAAGUGGAAGGACUCAGACUGACCAAGUGUGAGAGCGAGAACAAGAACGAAGAGGAAGAAGAGGUUAACCUAGAUGAGCAGAUAUCUCCUCAAGACGAGAUGGACGCCCUGCUGCUGCAGUGUUUCCUGCACGCCCUCAAGAGCAAGGUGAAGAAGUCCGAGCUCCCCCUGCUGACCAGCUCCUUCCUCCGUAACCACAUGUUCCCCUGCUGUCCAAACGGCAAACAAUUGGACAUCAAGAAAUCCAGCUACAAAAAGUUGUCAAAGUUCCUGCAGACCAUGCAGCAGCAGCAUCGGGUGGUGCGCGUGAAGGAGCUGACCAAAGGAGUCGAGAGCCUGGUGGAAGUGGACUGGAAGAACCCAGUUCUACGCUCCUUCCGGGCCCCUGCCGAGCCCCAUGUGGAGGAGGUGCAGAUGACAGAGGAUGGCGAGAAGACUUACCAUCCCCCUGAGAUCACUAUUCUGUACUCUGUGUCGGCACGCGUGGAGCCGCUGUUUCGAGAGGCCAACAAGAGGAAAGGAACGGUUCUCCAGCCAGGUGAAGUUAGGGCUAUAAUAACUGAGUAUGUCAAAGCGAACGAGCUGGUGGAUGAAAAUAACAAAAAUUAUGUCCACAUAAACCCUAUUUUAUGUGACUGUCUGUUGGAGAAGUCUGAGUACCACGAGGUCAGCAUUCUGAAGUGGGACGAUCUCUUUAGCAGGACACUGAGCAAAAUGCAGGAGUGCUCCCAGUUUGUAAUUGCCGGUCAGCAACCUAUUAUGAAGAAAGGCCACAUUGAGCCCAUCGACAUAACCGUAGCCUCUCGGGGCUCUAACAAGAAGGUAACGCUCAUUAAGAACCUGGAGAUGUAUGGGUUGGACCCCAUAGACGUAUCAGCUGCCCUGCAGCAUAGAGUCCAGGCCAGCGCUGUGCUGCAUCCAGUUCCUGGGACUAAGGACAAGGUUCUGGUUCAGAUCCAGGGCAACCAGAUUCAGCAAGUUGGCAAUUUACUACUAGAUCGGUAUCAUAUUCCUCGCAAGUACAUCCAAGGCCUGGAAAAAGCUCAGAAAGGGAAGAAGAAAUAACAGCAUUUCAUCAUAACAUACACCAUAUGUUAUCUGUUUAUCUGCUCACUGCUAAAGUAAUAGCCACUAACCACCAUCCAUCCCCUGAAGGUGCCAUAUAAAUCUAAUAAAAGGACUACAUGUUGUUUUAUUUCCUG